AUGGGCGGACUGGGCGACCCUGGAAUCUCCUGGUCGAGCCAAACUGAGGCAGGGUCGUAUUUCCUGCCUGAGAACGUCGGGCAGGCCGCGACAGCACAAAGUUGUCAGUUUCCAAGCUUCAGACCGGCAGAAGUUUCUCUCCAUGAUUCAAAUCAGUCUUUUCUUCUGCAUGAGAUUCUCUUCGGGGACGCUCGUACCAGGCCGAAUCCCUCGACCGAAGUCGGGAAAAUCAAGGUGGACGUGAGAUCGGCGUCCUUUUCCGUGCAUCAGUCCAGCCGUGAGAGCGAUGUCGGCUCCACUGGAUCAACAACCGGAUCCGGACGAGUCGUGGCCGUCGCGUCGACCGGGUCCGAUCAAUUGGGGAAACCCAUGCCGUCGAAGUCGAUGGUCGGGGACACUCGAGAACGGUUUCCUCUCGGACUAGUGAAGAAUGGAGAGACGAGGCCGCAAGUGGAUGACGAGCGAGAGGAGCGAAAGGAGCGAAAGGAGCGAAAGGAGCGAAAGGAGCGAGAGGAGCUCCAGCGAGUUAGGAACCGGGAGUAUGCGAGGAUUUUCCGGGAGAGGAGGAGAGAGAAGUGGAUGCGGCUGGAGGAGGAGUUGAAGACGGAGGAGGAGAGAAACCGCCGUCUCAAGCGGGAGAAACGGGAACUCCUCGGCUUUCUGGCCUCGUUCCAGCCGGUCGCGAUGGGGAGGGUCUUGCCCGCGCGCGCGUGGGCUCGGGAAGGAUUUCGUUCGCCCAAUAUUGUUUACUUUGGUUUAUGA